CGCCAGACAGUGAAGCAACGGAAGUACUACUAGCUUGUCCGCCUGAGACCGCCUAUACACUACCAGAUGUGGAGCAUAUAUCAGAAAAUCGCAAUCUGAACUCACCACCAUACUUUGUACCCGCAAACCUACCCCACUUUGAUAGGAACGACGGUGGCAUUGAUGGUGCAGAAUGAGGAAAGCUUCAGGGUCCGGCACCAGUGCCUAUUAGCUCCAUUGGGAAUCGUGGGCCUAUGGCCUACAAUUUCCAUACGCCGAUGGCGACUAUACAAUGGUGUAUGGCCCGAUUAUGGCGUAAAGCUGAUCUACUUCCAUGGCUGCACCGUAGACUGUGACGUGUACCAGUUUACUGUGUACAUGAACAUGUUCGCAGCUAAGCUCUGCCAAGGCCCACCGGCAGUCUCGGCAGUGUUAUUGCAGGGCGGCCCGUACCUGGCCGACAGCGGUGGAGUGAACAGUCGUACUGGUAUUCGUAAUGAGUGGUAGUGGAUGUAGUAAACUCACUGAAAACGCAUCGCGCGUACUAGGAACCGUACAUCGACCUCAGCGCGACGCCACCACCGAGCAACUGGGCAUAGGUACACGAGGCAUUAUUUUCACCCUGCUCAUGUGUCCCUAUGUCA